UGAAAGCUUGUACAUUCCACAGUAGAAGUAGUACCUUCAGUGAGACUGGAGAGUAGUCUCUGUGGCACCAUGUGAUUCGUUGUUUUCACACAUAGGUUUAACUCCAGGCAGAGUUGCACACUGUUCACCAACCUGCUCUCUCUCUCUCUCUCUCUCAUCCCUCUUUCUUCUCUUAGAGAGAGAAACUUUCAUUCAUUUGUGAAAAGCAUCGGAGUAUCCGUACAUCUUACUUACUGUUUGAUCCAAAUGGAGUCUCUGCUAAUUGGAUCUUUCCAGAAAUCUUCUUCGCCCCUUUCUUUUCCGUUAACCGCUGAUUUGUGCUCACUCCCCACUGGACAUGUUCUAAAAUGCAAAGCAUUUGGGAAUUUAAAAAGGCAUUGCGCCGUGCCGACGAUAUUACGGGUGCAAAAGCUGAAUUCGAUACACCAGCAUUGUAAAAGUAUUGGGCAAAGGAGUAUUAAAUUAAAUCAAAGGAAAGAUUUGAAGUUCAUAGUGAGGUCAGCUUCUGAACAUUCUAUCGAAUCCGAACCUUCUAGAAGCCCUUCGAAUGCCCUAGAUGCUUUCUACAGGUUUUCUCGGCCUCAUACGGUUAUAGGAACAACAUUGAGCAUAAUCUCGGUUUCUCUGCUUGCGGUUCAGAAAUCAUCGGAUCUUUCUCCGUUAUUCUUCACUGGUGUACUAGAGGCGAUUGUUGCUGCUCUAUUCAUGAACAUAUACAUUGUUGGAUUAAAUCAAAUUUCGGACAUCGAAAUAGACAAGGUAAACAAACCAUAUCUCCCGUUGGCAUCUGGGGAAUAUUCCGUCACAACAGGUGUAAUGAUUGUCACAUCAUUUGCCAUCUUGAGUUUUUGGCUUGGAUGGAUUGUUGGUUCGUGGCCGUUAUUUUGGGCUCUUUUCAUCAGUUUUAUACUUGGAACUGCAUAUUCCAUUAAUUUGCCGUUUUUUAGAUGGAAGAGAUUUGCUGUAGUUGCAGCGAUGUGCAUUUUUGCUGUUCGAGCAGUCAUUGUCCAAGUUGCAUUCUAUUUGCAUGUCCAGAUGUAUGUAUAUGGACGGCCAGCUGUCCUCACAAAGCCCGUGAUUUUUGCAACUGCAUUCAUGAGCUUCUUCUCCGUCGUCAUUGCAUUGUUUAAGGAUAUACCUGAUAUUGUCGGGGACAAGAUAUACGGGAUCCAAUCUUUUACUGUCCGGGUGGGCCAAGAGAAGGUCUUCUGGAUCUGCAUUGCACUUCUUGAAAUGGCAUAUGCUGUCGCUUUAUUCGUCGGAGCCAAAUCUACUUGCACUUGGAGCAAGUGGACAACGGUCAUCGGUCAUACAUUGUUGGGAUUAUUGCUAUGGAAUCGAGCAAAAUCAAUUGAUUUGAAGAACAAAGCUUCGAUAACAGCAUUUUACAUGUUCAUAUGGAAGCUUUUUUAUGCCGAGUACCUGCUCAUUCCUCUUGUGAGAUAAAUAUAUUACCGCACCGGCAGAAAAUAGUAUUCAUAUUUACAGAUGGAUAAUUGUUUCUCAAUCAUCGGAACUUUUUCGUUUUUGGUCGAACAUAUGUAUGUAAUUUUGCCCUGAACCUAUUUCAUUUUGUGUAUUUGCUUUGUGUAUGGUUGGAUUGGAAACUAAGACAAACUGGUUAGUAAAACAUAAUAAAUAUGAAGAUAAGUAUGAAUUUAUUUCAUGGAUC